AUUCAAUUGACAGGAAUUGGAAGGCAAGUGUUUACCUCUGGUCGAGAUUACGCAGCAGAAUAGUUUUCCUUGUAUUAGUUCUCAGGUUAGUUGUUCAAGUUAAGGAUGGAGAAGUUGCAUGAAGUGGAGUGGGCUGAGGCACAAAAGAUUUCAAUCACUGUAGACUUAGUAGCUGCAGCUAAACAGCAGCUAAGUUUUCUAGCAGAGGUUGACAAGCACCGAGAACUCUACGAGGGUCCUGCUUUAGACCGGGCCAUUUACAGGUACAGAUAUUGCUGGCUUCCUUUGCUUGCCAAACAUCUGCAGGCUCAAGUUUCAGAAGGUCCUUUGGUUGUGCCACUUGAUUGUGAAUGGAUUUGGCAUUGUCAUAGGCUCAACCCGGUGCAUUACAUUAAGGACUGUAAGGAAUUCUAUGGCAAAAUCCUCGGCAACUGGAAUAUUGUAUCCUCUACUCAAGCAACCUGCAAAAAGCAAACUGAAGAAAUUUGGAAUAGGAUGUAUCCUAACGAACCAUAUGAACUGAAAUUGAGCUCUCAGAUAUCAGUGGCUAGUGGGGACAAUGUUCAGCAAGCUCAGAAAAGCACCAAUUAUGAUCUAAUUUCUGCUGUCAAAAGGCAGAGUCCAUUCUAUUAUCAGGUAUCCAGAGCCCAUAUGAAUGACGAUAGCUUUCUUCAAGAAUCUGUGGCUAGAUAUAAGGGAUUUCUGCAUUUGAUCAAAAGAAAUCAAGAGAGGUCAAUCAGGCAGUUCUGCGUUCCAACUUAUGACAUUGACCUCAUCUGGCACUCUCACCAACUGCACCCCGUGGCCUAUUGCAAAGAUCUGGUGGCAAUAAUAGGGAGGGUGUUAGAGCAUGAUGACACCGAUUCUGAUAGAACCAAAGGUAAAAAGCUAGAUACUGGAUUUUCAGGAACCACAAAGCAAUGGGGAGAGACAUUCGGUUCUAGGUAUUGGAGGGCAGGAGCUAUGUAUAGAGGCAGGGCUCCGUCUCUUCUCGCAACCGAUGCGAGAAAGCUGGACACAUCGGGCAAGAAGGGGGUUGACUUCAGUGAGUAUAAAAGUACGAUUACAAUUUCCAAAAAAUUGUUUGCGGAGGUUAUGCUAGAAAUUGUUGGGGUCGGAGACUUACCAGCUGAGCAUAGAGGAAACCUCAUUGCAACAUUCAGUAAGAAACAACCAGACACAUUUUUCCAUGGCAAGACGAGAUUAAAUAUCUCGUUCGACACAGGGGAGAAACAAAUUGCUGUUUUCCAAUGCGAACCGGUGGGAGAACUCGUCUGUGAACUCGCGUCAUAUUCACCUACUGUUCUGCGUGCUGCAAGUCCUGCCAAAAUGUUAGGGACAGCAUCAAUCUCCUUACAGGACCUUGUGAAACCAGGUUCACCACUUUCAGUCGAGAAAUGGUUUGAACUGAUGCCACAUUCCAGAACUGUGGGUUCCCAGCCCAUCAAUCUACGCAUUGCAAUAUCUUUCACUCCUCCAAUCCUAGCACCAUUUAUAAUGAACUUGGUUAAAAUGGACGGAGGUGGGAAUUUUAAUGGAGGGAGUAAUUAUAGUGCUGUACAUGAAAUGAAGAUGGACGGAGGGGCAAAUUGUAAUGGAGGGAGCAAUUACAAUGGUGGGGGAAAUUGUAACGGAGGGAGCAAUUACAAUGGCGGAGGAAAUUGUAAUGGAGGGAGCAAUUACAAUGGAGGGGGAAAUUGUAACGGAGGGAGUAAUUACAAUCAAGUUGGCAUUGCAGCAGAAACAGUGAAGGGUAGUCAUUGCACAUACACCGCAGAAGAUAUUGUGAAGAGUAGUCAUUGCCUACCUAGCGACUACUGUAUAGGAGAUAUAGUGAAGAGUAGUCAUUGCGGGGGUUGCGGUGGAUGUGGGGGAGGGGGAGGGGGCUGUAGAGGUGGUGGUUGUGGUGGGUGUCACGGUGGCUGUGGACACUGAAAUAAAUAGCUCUAUGCAAGUUAAUGAAAAGACGAGUCGUGCACUCCACCAGCCACAAAAUGGCACAUUAUAUGUAGCGAUAGCCUACUUAGACAAGCUAAUGCUUAAAUAAUGUGAUGAUGUUUCAUCGGCUAAUAAAAGAAAAAGACUGCUCUGAUUCUCCCAAGUUUUAUCUAUAAACAUACUAGUGUUGCUCUGUCUCUGUCAUGUAUAUUUCUUCAAUAAAGGGAUGAAAUUUAAAUA